AUGCUAAAACUAUUGAUGAAUCGAGAAAUUGGAGAAGGUUUGUGAAUUUUUGAAUUGAGUUACAGGGAGAAAUUUGGGGGUUUUUUAGAGGGAAAAUUUAUUUUUUUAGAAACAUGACAUUUUUAGCGCAAAACCCGGCCCAAUACUAUCCAAAGUUGUUAUAUGCCAAAUCAAUAACCCUAGAAAAACUCGACUAUUUUGAUGACCAAGUCAAAAACCUCGGAUUCUCACCAAAUGGUAAAAAUCUCAUAACUUAUCAGGAAGCCUAUAAAACUUUCACAAUUUAUGUUUAUCAAGGAUAUGAUCAUCCGGAAAAAGUACUUCGGCCAAUUUCAAAAAUGCGAUUGACUCAAAAUUCGGAUGAUAUUGUGCAUUUCAAGGGUCAUUUUUAUACAAAUGAUUCGAAACAUGCGAUUAUUCGACUUGCAACAAGGUGUUUUUUUGAAAAAAAAAAGAAAAAUGUAUUAAAAUCUUCUAAAAUACCAAUUCACAAAAAUUUCCAGAAAAAAAAGUUCCACCUUUCCAACCAUCUCAAACCAACGAAGAAAUCCGUGCUCAACUUCUCGACAUCAUCAAACACGAUCAAACCUUCGAACUCGAUUUUUAUAUUCAGGAAGCGUUGAGAACCGGCGAUUCAACAAGAUACGAUCAAUAUCGAAAACUCAACAAUAUCACUGAUCUAACAAUCGACGAAAUUCGAGAAUAUCAAGAAGAACAUCAUGAUUAUCGACAUCUCACCUUAUUUUCACAAUUGGUUCGAGAUUUUCGAGAUCCUGCAAGUCAUAUUGACAAAAAUAUUUUUGUGAUUUUCGAUUUGAAUACAGGACGUGUUAUUUCGAAAUUAUCGAUUUUCAAUGCGAUGGAAUGUUGUUAUAUGAAUAAUCGGAUUUUGAGUGUUAUCAAUAAAUAUAAUGAGAAUAUUGAUGUUUAUGAGGUGACGGAAAAUGGUUCAUUUUCGGUAGUUAAAAGAAUUAGUGGAUUUAUUAGAGGUAAUUUUUAAUUUUCGUUUUUGAAAUUCGUCCCGUUUUCAGAACCUUACGAAUUGGGUCAAAAACAAAUGGAAACCCAUUAUCAAAAACACCGUCACAACACUCACAUUCGUCAACGAAUUCUCAAUUCCCUUUACAAAGUCUAUGUUCCAAAAACCUGGACUUUUAUCCAAUUCUAUCAAAAUACCCAGAAAAUAACACCAACAAAUCUGAUACCUUUGGAUAAUUCGAAACUCGCAAUUUUUUGGCAGCUUUCCAAUGAUCAACCUAUUCUAACAAUUAUUGAUUAUGAUGAUGUUGCAUAUUUUGAUAUAUUUUAUGAUUAUAAUGGAAAGUUUCGAUAUUAUUUAUUUCAAAAUUUUGAUCAAUAUUUGCCGGCGACGCUGGGAAAAUUGAAUGAUGCAACACAGGCGAUUGAGAUGUUUAUGAAAUCUAGGAUUAUUUUGAAAGGUACGAGGGCUUCUUGGAUUCUAGGUAGUCAGAUUAUUCAGGCGGGGGAACUGGGCUUUCUAGGUAUUUCUAUAAGUCAAAAUGGAUCUCUAGACUCAGCUACUUGAAGUCUAGGGUUUCUUGACUCUGCUAUUUGAUACACAAGCUCUCAAGGUCCCAUACCUAGCGAGAGUGCCUCUAAAGGCGCGGCUCCUUGCCAGAGUCGAUUUCUAGGCGCGAUUCCUAGGAAGUCAUGUUCUCUAGGUUCAUCUACUUGACAACUAACAUUUAUACAUGAAAAUUCAGUAAUUUUUCAGUAUAAAACUACGAAUUUUCAAUAUUUUUCCAGGAAUUCCACGUGAAGAGCAUUUCCCAAGAUUCCUCAAAACCCUUCAAAUUCUUCGAAAUAUCCAAAACUCGAUGCUUUCCCCAUUUUUGAAUCCAAGAUUCUUGCGAUUUCCUCACGAUUUCAUUGACAAACUUUUUUUGCGCAUCAAAGAAUACAAUAAUCCGACGAUUUUUGAUGUCGAAUGGAUGUUGAUGGAUAUGCCGUGCAUGUGAGCCAUUUUUUUGUGCCCUGAAAUUUCAAAACCGAUAUUUUUCCAGGAUUUUGUGCCCGAACACUCGAAAAUUGAUUGUAAAGUCGCAUUUUAUGAAAAUUGAGAAGAAUCCGGAGGUGAGCGAAAAAUCAUAAAUUUUGACCUAAAAUUGCUGGAAAUCCCUUAUUUUUGCAGACAAUGGUCCGACAAUCCGAUUUUCUCUGCCAAACAAUUCCAUAUUUUCAUCCAAUUGAUCUCUUCUUUAUUUUUGGACAUCAGAAAUCAUCGUAUAUUGCAAAAUUCGAAUUGAAGCCCAUUAAAAUAAAAAUGGAACAGGAAGAUGAGAAGAAAUAACAAUAUAAAGUUAGUUUUGCGAAAUUUUGGUGGAAAAUGAAGGUUUUCUGGACAAAAAGCUAAAAUUCUGAAUUUUCAGAUUAAAUUUAAUCAACAUUUCAAAGUCAAAAAUUUUCCACUACUUUCAGCAUUUUUAGCUUUCUGAAAAAGUAACAAAAAAUAUAAAAGUUAGCCUAACUUUUUCUUCCUCUUGGUAUCUAAAGUGUAACAUGUGCAAUUUUAAACAUUUGAGAUAAAUCGAACAGCUGUUCUGCAAAGAAAUCUCUUAUCUUGUUAUUACUAUCAUUUUUGUUUUAUUUUAGAAGAUUUGGAAUGAUUUUUGACUUUAAAAUGGAAUUUUAGACAUAAUAAAACAUAAGAAAACUGAUUUUUCAUUAAUUUUCUAUUUAAAUUUUUGAAAUAUAUUUUUCCCCCGUGAAAAUUGGUUCUAAUAAAAAAGUUAGCCUGAAAUUAUACGUUUCAAAAUUUAUAUAAGUUAAUUGUUUUAAUUGAGAUUUUUUAUUGUGGUAGUGCUACAACUAGUAAAAUACAUUUCUUUAAUCUGGAUUUGUUGGCGCCAAAACUGUUUAUUUCAAAAAUUUUCACAUUUUUCCAGAUCUCGAUAA